GAUCACCAAUACAGACACAUUCAAUGGACCAAACCAAAGCCUCGAGGAGCCAAAUUCCGAUCAUAUAAAGCUCCCAAUCGUAUCUCUUCUGUCGCCUCUCCUGCUUUUUGUGUUUGGCUCUCGAUCACUGCGUGAGUAGCCAUGGCUCUACAACUAUGGGAGACUCUUAAGGAGGCCAUCGUCGCCUACACUGGUCUGUCUCCGGCCACCUUCUUCACCGUCCUCGCGCUGGUUUUCGCUGUCUACUAUCUUGUUUCGGGUUUGUUUGGGUCCUCCGAUCGUCGUCCCAGGGCCGAUAGGGAAACGGAGGAACAGAUGCAGCCUCUGCCCCCGCCUGUUCAGCUCGGCGAGAUUACCGAGGAGGAACUCAAGGCCUAUGAUGGCUCCGAUCCGAAGAAGCCUCUGCUAAUGGCUAUCAAGGGUCAGAUCUAUGAUGUGUCUCAGAGCAGGAUGUUUUAUGGACCAGGUGGACCUUAUGCCCUAUUUGCUGGCAAGGAUGCUAGCAGAGCUUUAGCAAAGAUGUCUUUUGAAGAGAAAGACCUGACUGGGGAUAUCUCUGGUCUUGGCCCUUUUGAACUUGAUGCCUUGCAGGACUGGGAAUACAAGUUUUUGAGCAAGUAUGUAAAGGUAGGCACCAUAAAAAAAUCAGUCCCAGUAACCGAAGCAGAAUCCACAGGUGAACCAUCAGGAUCAGCCUCUCGUGAUGCCGCCGCCGCCGCUGCGGAGCACAUUGAGGAGAAAAAUGGCCCAUCUGAAGCCGAAGCUGUUAAAAGUGAGGAACCACUUUCAAGUGCGAAUGCGGAUAAAGAGUAAUAAUGGUUGGAUUGUCUCCCAACCUACAAUAUAUGGAUACUGUCUCCUGGAGGCGAUGUGAAUGAUUAACCCUUUGCGAAUGUAUGAAGAAAAUGUGAGAGAUAUUAAUUAUCACUUUCCCUACUCUAGUCCGCCCCUUUCCAAAUAAUUGUCAAUGUUUAAUUCGAGUUAUUUUGUGGAUUCAGUCCUCUAUCUCUGUGUUUGUUUUUUUAUCAAGUAUCCUUCUAUUUUGUAGCAA